AUGGGGCCUCCUCUCCAUGUCAUUUUGGAUACGUUGAACUGUACAGCCAUCAGUGUUCAGUGGAAAAUACCCAGGCAUUCUGGGGGUGCCAUUUCUGGAUACACUGUGUUUUACUCGGAGGUUGCUGCCCAUAGAUCUUUGCAGGAGCGUUCUCACCAUGUGUCUCUCAGCCAGGAUGCACUGUCCACAGGACAACCUGAUCAUCAGACUUUUAUUGAAGAAGUGAUUGGAGACUUGAAGCCUGGCACUGAGUAUCGAGUGAGCGUAGCAGCUCACAGCCUGACUGGCCAUGGACGGUUUAGCUCUCCUCACCGUAUUACCACAUUGCCCCAAGAUUCCUGCCUGCCACCUGCAGCCCCCCAGCAGCCUCAUGUCAUCGUGGUCUCUGAUUCAGAAGUGGCUUUCUCCUGGAAGCCUGGAGAAAGUGAAGGAAGUUCCCCGAUUCAGUAUUACUCCGUGGAAUUCACCAGACCAGAUUUUGACAAGAGUUGGACUUUAAUCAAAGAGCAGAUCAAGAUGGACUCCAUGGUUAUCAAAGGCCUCAUCCCAGAUACCAACUACCAGUUUGCCGUGAGGGCUGUGAAUCUGCAUGGUGCCAGCCCCCUCAGCCCGCCCAGCGACACCGUCCGAACCCGACGCACUGAGGAAGCGGGGAGCGGCCACUAUGGACCCCAUUAUAUCACUGACAUGGGCAUCGGUGAUGACGAUGAUGGAUUUGAAGAUGACUUAGACCUGGAUAUUUCCUUUGAGGAGGUGAAGCCACUUCCUGCCACCAAAGGAGGGAAUAAGAAGAUUGUGGUGGAAACCAAGAUGCCCUCUGUAUCUAAUUCAAAGGGUACUUCUGAGUUUGCUGGUCCCACCUUAGCAUCUCUCCCUACGACUGCAGUGCCGCCCCACAGCACGCCAGCGCAGAGUAAGAAGGCGCGUGUGGAUAUGAUGCCCAGGCUCUUUGACAUGUCUUGCGAUGAGACCAUCUGCUCUGCUGACAGCUUUUGUGUCAAUGACUACACCUGGGGGGGCUCACGAUGCCACUGCAACCUGGGCAAAGGCGGGGAGAGCUGCUCAGAAGAUAUUGCCAUUCAGUAUCCCCAGUUCUUUGGCCAUUCCUAUGUAACUUUUGAACCUCUGAAGAACUCCUACCAAGCGUUUCAAAUUACGCUUGAAUUUAGGGCGGAGGCUGAGGACGGCUUACUGCUGUACUGCGGGGAAAGUGAACACGGACGUGGGGAUUUCAUGUCACUGGCUGUCAUCCGGCGCACAGUCCAGUUCAGGUUCAACUGUGGGACUGGUGUGGCCAUCCUCACAAGUGAGACAAAGAUCAAGCUGGGGGCCUGGCACACGGUCACACUCUACCGAGAUGGGCUGAAUGGACUCCUGCAGCUGAACAACAGGACUCCAGUGACAGGCCGGUCCCAGGGUCAGUACAGUAAAAUUACCUUCCGGACGCCUCUCUAUCUUGGUGGCGCUCCCAGUGCUUACUGGCUGGUCAGAGCAACAGGAAUAAACCGAGGCUUUCAAGGCUGUGUCCAAUCACUCACUGUUAAUGGGAAGAGGAUUGACAUGAGGCCUUGGCCGUUGGGGAAAGUGCUCAGUGGAGCCGAUGUGGGGGAAUGCAGCAGCGGCAUCUGUGACGAGGCCUUAUGCAUCAAUGGUGGCACUUGCACAGCAACCAAAGCUGACUCCUACAUCUGCCUCUGUCCCCUGGGGUUCAAAGGUCGCCACUGUGAAGAUGCUUUCACCCUGACCGUUCCUCAAUUCCGAGAGUCCCUGAGAUCCUACGCAGCAACGCCCUGGCCACUGGAGCCCCAGCAUUACCUGUCCUUCAUGGAGUUUGAGAUUACAUUUCGGCCAGACUCAGGAGAUGGUGUCCUCCUGUACAGCUACGACACAGACAGCAAAGACUUCCUGUCCAUCAUCAUGGCAGAUGGCCACGUGGAGUUCCGCUUUGACUGUGGCUCCGGGACUGGAGUUCUCAGGAGCGAAGAACCCCUCUCUCUCAGCCACUGGCACGAGCUGCGAGUAUCUCGCACAGCGAAGAAUGGCAUCUUGCAGGUGGACAAGCAGAAGGUGGUGGAGGGAAUGGCAGAGGGAGGCUUCACACAGAUCAAGUGCAACACGGACAUAUUUGUUGGUGGCGUCCCCAGUUACGACCACGUGAAGAAGAACUCGGGCAUCUUCAAGCCGUUUAGCGGGAGCAUCCAGAAGCUCAUCUUGAACGACAGGACCAUCCAUGUGAAGCAUGACUUUACAUCUGGGGUGAACGUGGAGAAUGCAGCCCAUCCCUGUGUGGGGUCCCCUUGUGCCCAUGGGGGCAGCUGCCGACCCAGGAAGGACGGCUAUGAGUGUGACUGCCCCUUGGGCUUCGAGGGGCGGCACUGCCAGAAAGCCAUCACUGAAGCCAUUGAGAUUCCGCAGUUCAUGGGCCGAAGUUACCUGAUAUACGACAACCCGGACAUCCUCAAGAGGAUGUCUGGAUCAAGAUCAAAUGUGUUCAUGAGGUUCAAGACGACUGCCAAGGAUGGCCUGCUGCUGUGGAGGGGAGACAGCCCCAUGCGGCCCAACAGUGACUUCCUUUCCCUGGGCCUUCGGGAUGGAGCUCUGGUGUUCAGCUAUAACCUGGGCAGCGGUGUGGCAUCCAUCAUGGUGAAUGGAUCCUUCAACGAUGGUCGUUGGCACCGGGUCAAGGCUGUUAGGGAUGGCCAAUCAGGAAAGAUAACAGUGGAUGAUUAUGGAGCCAGAACAGGCAAGUCACCUGGCAUGAUGAGGCAGCUCAACAUCAAUGGAGCUCUGUACGUGGGUGGAAUGAAGGAAAUUGCUUUGCACACUAACCGACAAUACAUGCGAGGCCUCGUGGGCUGUGUCUCUCACUUCACCCUGUCUACUGAUUACCACAUCUCCCUCGUGGAAGAUGCCAUGGAUGGGAAAAACAUCAACACGUGUGGCUCCAAGUAACGCCAGCUGGCCUUGCCCAAGGGACAGAGCCUUCUAUCCUGCAAACCCUGGGGCCUGGAGACCCUGCCUGACACCACACUCGCAGGCACUGGGGCCAGAGGUGCUUCGCAUCACCACAGAAAAAGAGUGCCUGAGAACCUGAAAAGGAAGGCAGGAGUCUCCAGUGGCCUGCCCUGCUGACAGGCUGUGGACCAAACCAGAUGGAAGACUGCAGGAAGCAUUGGGCUUGGUGCAUCGAGUGUGCAGUGGCUGCCAGCCACCACACGUCACUGCAAGCCCCAGAGCCUGUCUGUUGUAGCUCAGUGACUGCACUGUGACUCAUAGUGCAUUAAAAAAAAAAAAGAGGAGACACAAACCCAAAGGGCAGUAUUAAAAUACUUCUCGCCUUCCCUGACUCAUGCCACGCUUACUGACGGCAAAAUGACUGGUGACCUUGGCCCUCACAUUUCCCGCCUUGGCUAGGGAAAUGUCGGAUUAACCCUUUCGGCCCCUCACUG